UGACAUCCUGGCAAUCGAAACUAAUGAGCUUAAUGAUAACAAAUUAAAAUUUGUUCUGUUGGCGAAACAAAUUUCCAAAGAAAUUGCUCAACAAACUGGUAAUCCUGAUUUAUUCAACUUCACAACAAUUGAAAAAUUCAUUCUUACUGCGAAGAAACCAGUUCUCUCCAAAGGAGAAAAAGAUAUUAAACAAGCUCAAAGUGAAGACAAUUUCUGCCAACAAGUUAAACAACAAUUAAAAGAGAAUAAGUUAACCAACAAAUUCAUCGAGAGACAAGGAAUAAUCUACAGAAGAAGAAAAGAACAAAAAAUUGCGAUUGUUCUUCCUGAGUCAUUAAAAGAUCGAGUCUUCAACGCUUACCAUGAUGAACCACUUGGAGGUCACUAUGGGUUCAGACCUACUUUAAGGAGGAUUAAAGAACAGUUUUGGUUUCCUCUAAUGGAAAGUUUCAUCAGAGAAAAAUGCUCGACAUGUGAAACAUGUUUAAGUUAUAAACAUAAAACAACAAAUGACGAGAGACCCAGAAUGAUGCCCAUUCCCGAUAAACCGCUACAAAGAAUUCAAAUUGAUGUAGUUGGCCCUUUUCCUGCAUCAUCUAAACAAAACAAAGUCUUGUUUACCUGUAUUGAUUAUCUCACAAAAUUUUGCUUUGCUAAAGCUUAUCGUAAUCAAACUCAUAGAGAGUUUAUUCAUUUCCUCGAUUACAUUACUCAAUUCGUUGGUUUCCCCGAAGUUAUACAAACAGAUAAUGGUGGAUGUUUCGUUCAUAAAUUUACUAAAGAAUAUAUGAAAGAAAAAGGAAUUAAACAUAUAUUCUCAACUGCAUUUCGUCCUCAAAGUCAAGGAGCAGUUGAAAGAUUAAAUGGAAUUCUCGGAACGAGAAUUAACAUGUACACUCUCAACAAAAGAGAUUGGGAUAAAGAAAUACCUUCAAUCAUCCUUUCAUAUAAUUCAACACCAAAAGAAUCAUUAAAAGCAUCACCUUAUCAACUUCUCUUCAAUUUAAAUCCACGCAUUCCAGUUGAAAAUCAACUUGAUCUACCCUCAAAUAGUCAUCCAAGCAACGAUAUUAAUCAAACAAGAGAAGAAGUUAAACUUUCCAUCAUCAAGAAUCAAGAGGAAAGAUUGUCAAAAACACCAAUCAAAGCACCACCUUUUAAAGUCGGAGAGUUUGUUAAAAAGUCAAUUGAAGCACCCGAUCUUAAGGUAGGAAAAAAGUUAACUCCUAAAUUCAAGGGUAGAUAUAUAAUUAUUGAUGUUAAAGAUAGUUGUGCUAAAAUAAUAGACACGUUAACACAAGAGACAGAAAUAGUAAAUUUCAAGAGAUUAAAACGUAUCCUAAAUCGUCUAGAGAGAAAGUAACAGAAUCAGUAAGCAAUUCAGAGCAAGCAAUCGAUCAAUUUAAACUAAAUUCAAGUCAAUAAUUAACAUUUUAAACAAAAAGAAUGAGGAAGAAUUUUCAAUUAUUUUCAUAAUUGUAAAUUAAAUCUAUUAAUUAAUUUGAAAAAAUUAAUUACAACUCGACCAAGUUCAAUCGAACUCAAGUCUUGUCAAAUCUAACUCCCCCUAGCGAAGACAUUUUAAGACUUUAACCGAUCGGUUAGAAGUCUUAACCUUUCACACCUUUGAUUUUCUUAAUAGAAAAUUUUAAUUGAUUCCAUUCAUUGUUCCAAUUGCCUUUAGUUUUCGUAAAAUAAUUUCCUUUUACUUGAAUCACCAUCAUCCACAAAUUUUCAUAAUUCAGUCAAGCUUGGAUCGAUCGAUCCAAAAGCUCAACUAAAUCAACCUGAAAGAUACAAAGAACAGAAUUAGUAUAAAGUCAAAUUACCAAGUAGAUCCAUUUCACUUGCUUACCGUCACACUAAGUUUUCAGUUAGAUCGACCGAUUUAAGAAAACUAAGUUUCUCCCGCUUCUUUCACAAUUAGUUAACCAGUUAACUCAAUUCAGUUUCUUAUGAAUAGUGAAAAUAGAAGAGAUUCUUCAUCCAGUGUCAUCAUUGAAAACAUGUCAGUUCCUAAUCCAUUUAAUCAAAGCGAAAGUUUCAGCGCUAAUGAGGAAAUUCGUGGUCAUUUGAUCAACAUCAAUUUAAACAAAUCCAUCGUCAUGAGAAGAGUUAAACAAAUUGCUGAGCUUCAGUCUCUUAUUAGAAGAACCAAACGUGAACUUCUUCACAUAAAGAAAAAUACUGCUGCUAGGAAAACAGUUGUGAAAACUCUGCAGAUAUUGAAAAAGAAAAAGCGAUUUCAAUCUAUUGAGGAUUUAGCGGAAAAAGAUCUUUUUCAAAAUUGGUCUUAUAUCGAUACCUCAGGUCUUAGAACUGCUGACGAUGCUCUCUUCACCUUCCUCAAGAAUAAUAAUUAUGUUUCAAAUGAAACUCCUGUUAGAGAACAAAUUUCAUCUUCUGACACAACAGAUACUUCCACUGAUGAAGACACUUCAGAAAAUCCAGGAUUAGGUCCUCUUUUCCAAUAAAUUCAUUUUAAUUCAAUUCAUUUUCAUGAUUCUCUUCAACAGUUUAAUUCAUUAAAAUAAACCAAUUUGAUAAAGAAACUAAUCUAUGUGUGAUUCUAAUCUAAUUCUAUCUUUCGAUCGAUUGAUUUAAACUCUAUGGAUGGUUCACUAAUUUUUGAUUUUUCAACAGGCAAAGACUGAAAGCCAAGCGAUCGAUCGAUCGAAGCUUUCAGAUCUUAAUUAACAAGGUAAAGGUAAAUUUCUAAUUAACGCACAAAUUGUCUUCAAUUGAAUUAAUUAGGGAAGAAAAAGAUUAAAACAAAAGAAAAUUAAUCUAAAUUGUUUCAUUUAAAACUAUUUUAAGCUGAAGAAAAAGCAAAUCUUGAAACACUUAUUCUUAUUUAGAAUACUAAUUAAAUUAGAUUUAGACAAAUUUAAACGAUACUAAACAUAAUCAAUUAAAUGUUUAUAAACGAGUUAAUCACAAUUUAAAUGAUUAGAAAUCAAAUUUAAUUAAAAUAAGAUAAUUAAUCAAGACCGAUCGGUCUUUGAUCAAAAAUCUAAUCUUAUUCUAAUCACUUUCCCUCUUCUUCCUUUGUUUUAUUCUAAAAAGAACAUCUUUUGUUCUAUUCUCUUUAAGCUGCUCUCCCAUUGGCCAAUUAAUUUUCUAAAGUGCCAUAGUUACCCUUUCAUUUCCAUUUCCGUUUUAACUGUUGACCAAAGAGUCACAUUUUUUUUCUCUCUCUCUCACUCUUUUAGUAUAAAUAUAAUUUGAAUUUUCUCUCUCUUUUAUUCAAUUAUUUUUCUUUAAUUGUUUCAAUUAAUUGAAACAUUUGUGUCUCAACAACAAUUUAUCUCAUCAAUAAGACUUAGGACCGAUCGGUCCAAGUCCAAUUGUUUGAAUCUUCCUUCUCUUUCUCAUCAUUUGAGUCAUCAGAUUAUUGCUUGUGAAACUUAUUGUUUAGGUGUUUUAAUCAAUAAGAACAUUUUAAUUAACAUUGGUGAUUAGAGACCAAUUUAUUUGUAGUGAUCUGAUCAACUUUAUUCCGUCAAUCAAUCGUUUAAUAGACUAAGACCGAUCGGUCACAGUCCAUCAUCGAUCACUCGAUCACCGAGUUCAACUCAUCGAUCUCAAUCAUCAUGCCAGAGUUUUUAUCAUCUCAAUAUAAAUCAUCUGAAGGAAAUGGUAUAAGCAGAUAUCCGGUUGCCUUAUUUAAAGAUUUAAUAAGAGAAAAAAUACUCAAAAGAGUUAAUGUUAAUGAACGAAUCUUCAAGGUUGUGGAAACUAAAGUAAUACCCGCGCCUGGUCUUAUCGAUGCAAAUAACAUCGAUGUUGAACAAAGAGAAACUUGUCUCUUAUGUUGUCAAAUGGCAAGAUUUGGAAUUGGAUGUUCACGAUGUGAGUCAGCUUAUUGUGGUCAUUGUGCCUAUUACCUGGUCUUGAUUCGAAAAUGUCUACUAAAUCUACCAAUUAUAACGGAUCGAAAACUAUUAACUACGAACAAGGAAAACUUUAUUUGUCUCAAUCCUGAUUGCUCAUUCGAAAAUAAUCCAGUCCAUUUGGUUAAACUUGAUGAAACUGUUAGAUUUUGUCUAAAGAUUAAGAAAGUUAAAUGUAUUUACAUUGAUUGUAAAUUCAUUGGUGAUUAUGUUGAAACAUGUAAUCAUAUAAACUCAUGUACAAUUAAUGGCGAUUAUCGUGUUAACACUGAUAAUCUUGGUGAGAUAUUUACUAAUCCAGUUGAACCUUUAUUUCCUGACGAGUACAAUACAAUUCAUUUCUCGACCGUAUUGAACAAAACAAAUGAUCCCAUCAAAGAACGUCAGUUAGAGCUCAUUCAAUUGUAUCACAAUCGGUAUACCGAAUCGAUAGCUGAUAUUGACGAAAUCUUUGCUGAUAUCGAGAAAACCCGAGAAGAAUAUGGAUUAAAAAGAAAUUCACCUUUCUCAGUUAUCACAUCUGAUCCGAAGAAAUCAAAUCCACCUUCUCCUUCACCUUUCUCAUCCUCGUCGUCGUUCACUCUACCUCAACCAUCUCAACCAUCACACUCAACAACCAUCACCAACAAAUCUUCAAAACUUUCAUCAUCAUCAUCAUCAGAUAAUUUACCUUUAUAUUGGACUACAGAAGAAAAAGAUCAAUAUAAGAAAGAUCUUGAAUCAGUUUCAAAGACAAUCAGUGAAUUUGAUGCAAUUAAAAGAGCUAAGAAAAGAGAAAAAGAAAAGCUCAGAAAACAGAGACAAAAAGCAAAUGCAACUUAUGUUAAUGCUCCUGAUGUUCCUAAUAUUGUUUAUUCCUCCUCCGACAUCCGUUAUCGUUCAAAUCAACAACCAAAUAUUAAUCAACCUGCAAAACCAUCAACAAUUCCUCAGACUAUCGAUCGAUCGAUCGAGGUCCAUCGUCAAAAUGAUUUACAUCGUUCAAGAGAUGAUCAAUCUUCAAACUCAUCAAAAUCAAUCUAUCAAUCGAUCGAUCGAAACCGAUCUCAACAAAUUAAUCCAUCGAUUGAAAAAUCAAUUUAUAAUUACAAAACAACUGAACCAAUCAUUAAACCAGUUAAAUACAUUAUACCAUAUGUUCAUCCUGCUCAUCAUUCAACACCAGAACCUAUCAUUUGGCCUGAUCAACAAUUACCACAACCAUUUAAAUUACCAGUAAUUCCUGAUAUUCCUGAUGCCGAUGGUUAUAAUCCAUCGAUGACUCCAUGUCCUCAACCAAAAAGCCGUGAAAGUUUUAAAACUGCAAAAGACGCACGACAUUGGAGAUGGCGAUCGAAAAACAAAGUCAAAGUUUACGAUUAUAAACGAAGCCAAAGAAAUAGAAAAUAUUUAAAUCUCAAACAUGCAAUUUCAAUGAAAUCGAUUCAUCACAUGUUACCUCCAAAACAUUUAGUCGAAACUAUCACUCAAGCUGCCGUUGAUUUGGACAAUCAAAAUAUUAAAUGUUGUGCCAUUGACACUGAAUCAAUUCAAAUCAACAUGAAAGAUGGAAAAAUUAGACAUGCCCCAUGUUGGAUCUCAAUUGUUGAUGCCUCUGGUAAUGUUGUUUACAAUGAAUUUGGUCGACAUCCUAAAUCUUCAGUCUUCGAUUUCAAUACUCGAUUUCAUGGACUAACUUGGCAAGAGUUAAAAGAUGCACCAAAGUUUAAGCAAAUUCGAGCAGAAGCUAUUGCUGUUCUUCGUCGUUACGACAGAAUUAUUGUUUCAAAUCAAACAGUUGAUUUUGUAAAUUUAUUCAUCUCUCCAUCUGAUCAUUUGGAACUUUUACCAAAAAUUAUUUGCGUCUCAUCAUAUUAUUCAUGUCGCGCAAAACCAGAUGAAGCCCUUGGACUUAAAUACAUUUCAUUUUUACUUCUCAACACAAUUAUCCAAGAGAAAGAGCACUCACCAAUCAUUGAUGCCGCUUUCACCAUGUACAGUUAUUUAUUGGAUUAUAAGAAAAUUGAAUUCGUCCGAGAAGACAAUUUAGUCCAUGGCAAUGGUACUCGAAGAGUAAAUGGUUAUUUACAAUAUAACUACCCAAAAAAUAUGAAUAUGGCCGUUUUAUUGCACGCAGUUAUGGAAGAGAUCGAGGAUUGGCCUUUACAAUUAAAACUUCAUCCAUAUAUGACAAAAGCAAAGAAAGAGGAAGCAACUGAAUUAACCAAAUACCAAUUUUCGGAUUUUAUUUUUCCUAUCAAAACUGUUAAUUCCCUUCCUCCUCCGUAUACCUUUAAUCGGGAACUUCUUCGUCCGUUUAGACGACUGUCAACCCGAUCAAGAGUCGACGAGCCGCUUUAGUUCGGGGCUCUGUAAGGGGUGUAACUCAUAAUGUUCCCUCUUAACCUUAUUUUGUCAUUCUUUGCCAUACAAAUCAACUCUCUCUUUCCCCUUUUUAAUCAUGUUAUUAUUAUUGUGCAAUACAUUACAGUAUUUCCGUUUCCUUUGCAAACUCCUUAAAUACUUCAUCAUCAUUAUCAUCAUUGAUCACUCAGUAUCAAUUACUUGAUCCUCA